AUGAACUUACUAUGUAAUCCAAUGGGAAAAUCCUUGUCCUUUUGUCUGGUUGACUGGUUGGUAGAGAGAAACAACUUGUACACAAAAGUUAUAUUUGCUGGAACAGGUCCCAAUUGCACAAUCAAUCACAUCAUCAAGCAGUCGCCUCUUAUUGAAGUGUAUCGUAACUGCCACAUCACCGUCGAAAACACAUUCCACUUGACUCAUUGCACAAUCCGACAUGCGCAACCUGACAUGACGAAAACAAUUCAGCGCCUCGCAUCAUGCAUUAAAGAAAGCACUUGCAUAUUUUCAAACCUGGACGGUCAGCCCUGCGCAGCAUUCCCGAUCAAGAAAGUCAGUAUGGUAGACGAAGCAGAGACGGAUGACAUAGAACCAGAAGAUCUGAUAGACUGA